AAAAAAACAUGGCUAACAAGCCGACACGCGAUGUGAUCGGUAUAAUUUUCCAAAACUUUUGGAAGUCCCUGCGGCCGCGUCAGUUUCGUGGGGAUUACAUUGGGGAGGACUAUUUCGGCAAUAAGUACUACGAGAUCCCGGCGAACCCUUCGAUUGGCAAAAGGAAACCAUCGCGUUGGUUUGAGCCGGCUGACAAGGAUGCCUUCGACCAGGAGCUAACAGCCGAGUGGGAGGCGUGGCUGCGUGGGCGUCGCGAGGAACCACCCACCCGCGAGGAGCUGGUCAAGAACCUGCAGAUCAUGGACAUGAAGAAGCGGAAUGCCGCCGAACUGGAGGCCACCUACGCCAAGGGCAAGGACGACAAGGCGCUGCCCAAGCAGGUGGAGGGACCCACCAUCGGAACCUUCCCGAAGUACAAGGAGUACGAGUUUAUACCCGGCAAGGAGCCGCCAGAGAAGUGAUAUAUGUCUUGGUAUUUUAUAAGAAUUUAUUGCGUAAAUAUAGUUAAAUGAUCUUAAA